AUUCCUUUCAUUUAUAUUUUUAAAAUAUUUUAAUUUUAACUGAAAUUCUGUUUUUCGCCGGUUCUUGACCUGGGAGUUAUCAAGUCAAGCUGUGGCUAGUGUAGCCUUCUGCCCACCUCGCCUUAACUGGCUCGGGUGCAUGGUUUAUUGAAUUGUUCGUUAUUAGUAGUUGAUAGCUGAAGAUUACAAAACGAUUGCAAUAAUAAGUUUUUAUAUUUUAAUAAGAAUUAGGUAUUGAUAUAUUUUUUAUCCCAAAUAUGGCUCUAAAUCCGGCGUAUGAAGCUAUAGGUAAAGGGUUUGUUUCUCAGUACUAUGCGUUUUUCGAUGAUCCAAAUGAAAGGAGCAAAUUAGCAAACUUAUACAAUCAAGAAACAUCGUUCAUGACUUUUGAAGGAAUGCAGUUACAAGGUGCUUUAAAAAUUAUGGAAAAACUAACAGCUUUAACAUUUCAAAAGAUAAACAGGAUCAUUACAUCUGUAGAUUCACAACCAAUGUUUGAUGGGGGUGUUUUAAUUAGUGUUCUUGGAAGGUUACAGACAGAUGAAGAUCCGCCACAUGCUUAUAGCCAAACUUUUGUGCUCAAACCCGUAGGUACAAGUUUCUAUAUUCAGCACGACAUUUUCAGGCUCGCUCUACAUGACAGCCUAUAAGGGGUGGCGACUGUGAAACUUGGAACUGCCUGGAGUGGACCAGAUUAUGUUACACAAAUUUUCCUGACGAUGGACCACUUCAUAGCUUCAUCUGCUUUCAAGUCAAAUUUCUGUUCAUUCAUUUAUAAAUCCUUAAUUUAUCUGCUUCCUCCUUUAUUGUAUUUGUACUUUAUAUGGAUUAAUAUGUUUACUCUAAAUUAUUUCCUUUUUAUUUUAUUAUAUUUUUUUUUAAUUCCCCACUCCUUAGCUUUAACGUGUAUUGUUUACUGUAUAUUAAAUGGAGCAUAAAGGAUUGUUACACAUUUUACAUUCUAUGAAAUUAUAGCAUUAUGUUUUUUUUUUGUUUUUUUUUUUUCUUUCUUUACUUCGUUCAUUUGAUAUUAUUUUAUUUAAUUGUAGUUGAGGAUACUUUUAUGAAUAAUACUGGUUUAUUUUCUUUGUAAUAGUUUUUAUUUCUUUUCUUUUUUUCUACCUAUUCAAUCCCAAAGUUUUGCUUUAAAUAUUACAUUUAUUCACUAAAUAUUAC